CUUUACCAUCCAUAACGCUGACAGAAUUAGGUAUGAGAGGGAUAGAGAGAGGCUCAUUCUAUAUAAUAAGAAGUCUCCAAUUUCAACUGCAUACAAAUUAAUCUCUCUCCGAAUCCACCAUGGAAGCCGGCGCCGGACUUGUCGCCGGUUCUCACAAUCGGAAUGAGCUCGUCGUCAUACAUGGCCACGAAGAGGCAAAGCCAUUGAAAGACUUGAAUGGAAAAGUGUGCGAAAUAUGUAGUGAUGAAAUAGGGCUUACGAUCGACGGAGAUCUGUUUGUAGCGUGCAAUGAGUGUGGUUUUCCGGUCUGCCGUCCUUGCUAUGAGUACGAACGCCGAGAAGGAAGCCAACUUUGCCCCCAAUGCAAAACCCGAUUCAAGCGCCUCAAAGGGAGCCCUAGGGUUGAGGGAGAUGACGAUGAAGAAGACCUGGACGAUAUUGAACACGAAUUCAACACUGAUGCUUCCCAGAAGCAUAAGAAUAAUCAAGAUAUUGCAGAGUCAAUGCUUCAUGGCAAAAUGAGCUAUGGAAGAGGCCAUGAUAAUCAAAAUGAUAUCACUGGUCCUGUCAGUUGUGAAUUUCCAAUAUCAACUAGUUGUUAUAAUCAUGGAGAUCACAUCUUAUCUUCUUCUUCUUCCAUACACAAACGAGUCUACCCAUAUCAAACUUCUGAACCUGGAAGUGCCAGAUGGGAUGAAAUGAAAGAGGGUGGCUGGAAAGACAGGAUGGAUGACGACGACUGGAAAAGGAAACAAGGCGACGAAUCGGCUGACCCUGAUAUUGACAUGCUAGAUGAAGCAAGACAGCCUCUGUCGAGAAAAGUACCAAUUGCAUCGAGCAAGAUAAAUCCUUAUCGAAUGGUGAUUGUAGCCCGGCUAGUCAUUUUGGCAUUCUUUCUUCGCUAUAGAAUCUUGAAUCCGGUUCAUGAUGCUAUCGGUCUAUGGCUAACUUCCAUCAUCUGUGAGAUCUGGUUUGCCUUCUCGUGGAUACUCGAUCAGUUCCCAAAAUGGUUCCCCAUUGAUCGCGAGACUUAUCUUGAUCGCCUUUCUUUCAGGUUCGAGAGGGAAGGUGAACCGAACAUGCUAAUUCCGGUUGAUAUAUUUGUCAGCACGGUUGAUCCAUUGAAGGAACCUCCUCUCGUUACAGCCAAUACUGUCUUAUCAAUUCUAGCAAUGGAUUAUCCCGUCGAAAAGAUCUCAUGUUACAUCUCUGAUGAUGGUGCUUCAAUGAUCACUUUUGAAGCAUUAUCUGAAACUGCAGAAUUUUCCAGAAAAUGGGUUCCCUUCUGCAAGAAAUUUCAGAUUGAGCCACGCGCUCCCGAGAUGUACUUUUCCUUAAAGAUAGAUUAUCUCAAGGACAAAGUCCAGCCUACGUUCGUCCAGGAACGUCGAGCAAUGAAGAGAGAGUACGAAGAGUUUAAGGUUCGGGUUAAUGCAAUUGUAGCGAAAACCUCAAAGGUCCCUGCAGAAGGAUGGAUCAUGCAAGAUGGAACACCAUGGCCAGGAAACAACACUAAGGAUCAUCCAGGCAUGAUUCAAGUCUUUUUAGGUCAAAGUGGUGGCCUUGAUGCAGUAGGAAACGAGCUUCCAAGACUCGUAUACGUUUCUCGUGAGAAGAGGCCCGGUUUUCAACACCACAAGAAAGCUGGCGCCAUGAAUUCUUUGAUCAGAGUAUCGGGAGUUCUUACCAACGCUCCCUUCAUGCUGAACUUGGAUUGCGAUCAUUACAUUAACAAUAGUAAAGCCGUCCGCGAAUCCAUGUGUUUCUUGAUGGAUGCACAAACCGGAAGGAAGGUUUGUUACGUUCAGUUUCCUCAGAGGUUUGACGGCAUUGACAGACACGAUCGUUACGCCAACAGGAACACAGUCUUCUUCGAUAUAAACAUGAAAGGUCUGGAUGGGAUUCAAGGGCCUGUAUAUGUAGGAACUGGAUGUGUUUUUCGACGACAGGCUUUGUACGGGUACGAUCCUCCAAAGGGUAAAAAACGUCCGAAAAUGGCAAGUUGCGGAUGCUGUCCGUGUUUCGGACGAAGAAAGCUUCCCAAUUAUUCGGAAAACGGCGCAACCGAGGAUGACACACUGAUGUCACAUAUGACUUUCGAGAAGAAGUUCGGACAGUCUUCAAUCUUCGUGACCUCGACUUUAAUGACCGAUGGCGGCGUUCCUCCUUCGUCGAGCCCAGCUGCCUUGCUUAAAGAAGCGAUUCAUGUAAUAAGCUGCGGUUAUGAAGAUAAAACAGAAUGGGGGAUUGAAUUAGGAUGGAUCUACGGAUCGAUUACAGAGGAUAUCCUUACGGGUUUCAAAAUGCAUUGCCGAGGCUGGAGAUCAAUAUACUGCAUGCCGAAGUUAGCAGCGUUUAAAGGGUCGGCUCCUAUAAAUCUGUCCGAUCGUUUAAACCAGGUCCUUCGGUGGGCUCUUGGGUCAGUGGAGAUCUUCUUCAGUCGUCAUAGCCCGGUUUGGUAUGGGCACAAGGGCGGGAAUCUUAAGUGGCUCGAACGGUUAGCGUAUAUUAACACGACGGUUUAUCCAUUCACCUCAAUUCCGUUGCUAGCUUAUUGUACUCUACCCGCAAUCUGUUUGCUGACAGACAAAUUCAUCAUGCCGGAGAUAAGCACUUUGGCUAGUCUCUUCUUCAUCGCUCUGUUCAUCUCUAUCUUCACGACUGGGAUUCUGGAGCUGAGAUGGAGCGGAGUGAGCAUCGAGGAAUGGUGGAGGAACGAGCAGUUUUGGGUUAUUGGCGGGGUUUCUGCUCAUUUGUUCGCGGUUAUUCAAGGUUUACUUAAGAUAUUGGCGGGGAUAGAUACAAAUUUCACUGUUACUUCUAAAUCUUCGGGGGAAGAUGAGGAGUUUGGCGAGCUGUAUGAGUUCAGAUGGACGACGCUUUUGAUUCCUCCGACGACAAUCUUGAUUAUAAAUAUGGUUGGAGUGGUGGCGGGAGUGUCGGAUGCGAUUAAUAACGGGUACGAGUCAUGGGGGCCGUUGUUUGGGAAGCUGUUCUUUGCGUUUUGGGUGAUUGUUCAUCUUUAUCCUUUCUUGAAAGGUUUAAUGGGAAGGCAAAACAGGACUCCUACUAUUGUGAUUAUUUGGUCAGUUCUUUUGGCAUCUGUUUUUUCACUAUUAUGGGUUAGAAUUGAUCCUUUUGUUAUGAAGACUAAAGGUCCCACUGUAAAGCAAUGCGGCAUCAAUUGCUGAACAAACCCCGAGUCGAUAACACCCCAAGUUCAAGUCACGACAUGAUAUCGGGUAGUCGGGUCGGGAGCUGGAUAAAGUUAGUUUUAAGGUUUGGUUUCUAAGUGAACAAUUUUAUGUAAUUUGGUGCAAUAUAACCCAAUAUGAGAUAGGGUGAUAGUUGAGUUUUUUUUUUAACCCUAAAUUCACCUCUGUUUUAUGAGGCAGGCUUUGUUCUACCAUGAAAUUGAUUAAAAUAAAAUACAAGCUUUUGUUCUA